GUUUAGUCUCACCCACCCCCCAAACCACCUCGAGCCAUGUCUCCGCAGCUGGGCGAAAGCCGAAACGGGCGCACGCGCGUCAACCUGGCGAAAAAGCCCCCGAGCGUUGAAUUUAUUGAGCUCGGAACCUCCAGUUUCCGCGUCCCUAGCUCCGUAAGAGUUAUGGCGACAAAGGAUGAAGGCCAAAUCCAAGGAGGAUACCCGCUGGGCUUCGAGCCCAAGGCACCGGAGAAAAAGCCGCUCGACCUGGGCUUGAGCCUUCGGAAGAAGAUGGGCGUGAUGUCGCUGGGGUCGCUGGGCGCCGUCAGCUCCCGGUCCCGCAACAGCGACGCCUCGUCGCGAUCUUCGCGCUUCAAGACGCCCAGCGUGGACAGCUUCCAGCCAGCCAGCGACACGCCAAGGUCGCAGCACACCAGCCGUGCGUCCGUGGCUGCAUCCGUGGUGAGUGACUCGGAGGCCUCUGACCUGGAGCCGGAGUCAGACCUGGAGUCCGUGGCGGAUGAGCCUGUCAAGGACUCCAAGCUGAAGUCCUUCGACGCGCACCCGGCGAUCUGCACACCCCUCCCUCGCGCGCCGGUGUGUUUGCCCAACUGCAAGAACGCCAAGCAGUUGGCAACCGCAGGGGCAGCUGACUCUAGUUUGGGAAUCCGCCAGUCCCGUCUGAUCUCAGCAAGUCUGGCACCAGGAGAGCUUAUCAUUUCCACGGAGGGCCAUUCUGAGGUGAUUCAUCUGCUGGGCUCGGAGGUGGCCUGGAGCAACGGCACCACCACCCUGGCGCAGGAUCUCUGCGUGAUUAGCAUUGUCCCCCCAGAGAGCAUGAAGCCCCGUCAAAUGCAAGGGCGCAGCCAUCGGCCAUCGAUCGCCGGCAGCCUGAAGGCAGUCUUUGGACGGGGAGGAGGCGGCGAAGGGGUUGCUGGGUGGCUCUUCUACUGCAACAAGAACGACUUGAGCGCAGUCCUGGACAGGCUUGGGGAGCAGGGCUGCAUCCGUUCUGGGCUGUCCAGUUUCUUCAAGGCCUCCAAGGGAGAGAGGGCAGGUAGCGGCAGCUUCGGGGUGGUCAAUGCGGGGGUGGCCAUGGGCGGCAGUGUGGUGGCGAUCAAGACCCUCAAAGAGUCGACCAAGCCAGAGGCGGUCUACUCCGAGGUAGAGAUGCUCGUGCGGGCACAAGGCCACGCGAAUGUGGCGAACUUUCGAGGCGCCUUCUGCGAAGCAGAUGCUGGGAGCCUCCGCUGGAGUUUGAUCUUUGACUAUUUUUCACACGGCGACCUCUACGACCGCGUCGCGGGGAAGAACCGAAUGAUGGAGAAAGAAGCCAUGCCAUUUCUGCGAGACCUGUUGGAGGCGCUGUCGCAUUUGCACGUGAGGAAGAUCUUUCACAGAGAUGUGAAGCCUGAGAACCUCCUCAUGGCCAACAGCGGCAAAUACUUGGUGCUCACGGAUUUCGGCAUCGCCACGUUGGUCACCAACCAGGAAGAGAUGCGGAGAUCGUCUGGCACGGUGGGCUACGCUGCGCCAGAAAUGCUCAAAGGCGAGGCCACGUCCUUCGAGGGUGAUGCCUUCGGCGCUGGGGUCGUGCUGUACUUCAUGCUCUCCAAGUCCACGCCAUUCCUGGCGCCCACUCAAAAGCAGAUGGCCGAGAACACGCAUGAGUGCAAAGUGAACUUGAAGUAUGGAUGCUUUGAGCACAUCUCCGACGACUGCCGGAGCAUGAUCGUUUCGCUCAUCAAGAAGGAGGUUCAGGAGAGGAUGACCAUCGAGCAAGCACUCAUUUCCAGAGUCAUUCGCAGAACUUAUGUCACCGCCACCGAGCCGGCGCUGGCAGCGUUUAGGGGCAGGGAGCAGACGAUCAAGGAGACUGCUGACCAGCCGAACCUGGAUGUUGUGCGGCCGGCGCAUCAUCUCGUUGCUCUCACAGCAGGGGAGCUACCGGCGCUGAAGAGGCACAACAAGAAGUGAGGGCGCACCUGCAUGCGCCGGAACGACCCCUUCGGGUUUGGUAUCUGUCGUUCAGGUAGGGUCAGGUAGGGCAAAUCCGUCCGCUGCCUGUUUCAGCAAUGCUGCCCAGCGAUACUGGUUCAUGGAGAGUGGUAGACCCAUCUCCAUAUUGAUGGCAAUCUCAGAAUUGCCAUCAUGUCGGCCGGGUUGGGUUCGACACUUUGUCUGGUGUUUCAAGUCGCAUGUCGCCGAGCGCUUAGUGGCUUAAUUAGAGGACUCGCUGCCCCGGUCAGGCGACACAUGGCGUGGCACUAAGAUGUGUAUUCGAGCGACCGAGUGGUACCGUGGAAGGCCAAAAACC